UCCAGCGGCAGCGCCGGACAUGACAGAGUGGUUACUCAGUUUUUUCGCGCAUUCUAAGAUGGCGGCAACUUUGGAAUCGUAUGUUAAUCACACAGUAGCAGUCAUCACUCAGGAUGGCAGAAUGAUUGUGGGGACUCUCAAAGGCUUUGAUCAAACAGUGAACUUAAUUUUAGAUGAGAGCCAUGAAAGAGUGUUUUCUUCAGGAAGUGGAGUGGAACAAGUGAUGCUGGGUCUUUACAUUAUCAGAGGAGACAAUAUAGCUGUAAUAGGAGAAAUCGAUGAAGAAGCAGAUGCAAGCUUGGAUCUGAGCAGCAUACGUGCUGACCCACUCAAUGCUGUGGUCUACUAAUAAUACAGGAUGCAACUAUGGUUGAUUUGCUUUUCAACCUCUGACAGGAUAAACUUUUUAUUACCAACUUAGGAGCAAUCAGCACUAUUACUGAGUACGUUAAUGACAAGUUUAUUAAGUUUCACCAACCUGUCUUGUAAAGUUAUGUAGGAGAUUGUCAAUUCACUGGAAUCUCAAGAUCUUGGUCAGUGGAUUGGAUACAACUGAGUCUGCAAUACAAUAAUAAUAGUUGUUGUUUUUUUUAAACAGAAAAUGCUUUAUGCUGUUGUCACUUGAAUAGUACUUUUUGACAACUUUUGUUUAUUUUCAAAACUUCUCAGCCAAACACAGCAAGUUUACCAAAGGGAUUUUGAUAACUUUUCAUCACAGACUAAAGUUUAUGAUUGUCAAAAGGCUAUGUGAAAACCUUCCUAAAUGUUGUCAAAAUAAGUAAAUGCUUUUUAAAGGACAACAGGAUAUUGCGUAUCACAUUUUUUUUCACUUAAAUUGUGUACUAUACAGUAGCUUUUACAUGUGUGCAAUGUCACUAGACUGCAAUGAACACAACUGUGCUGCCUUUCUUUCCCUAAGUUGGUCAGAAAGGAGCAAAAAAUUGCUAGUGGGAAAAUCGCUACAAGAAAAUUGGAGGCACAAAGCCUAGUUUACAGUUAUCAUACAGCCAUUUUUCCCACUCAGUUUUUCUCUGUUCCUUCUUGAUCUUCUCUAAUGAACCAUAAUGCUAGUGAAGUAAGAACUGCUCAAAAACUUUUGAUGAAGUAGUAACUAGCAAGCAUUUUAAAUAUACUGUGACUUUGAUGUAUAUGUAAUGUAAAAAAAUUCCAAAAAUAAGUGUAUUCUGGUGCCCUUGUACAUUUUCUCACUGUUUUGUGAUCAUUAAAGUUUCAUUUUAAAUUGUAAUUGAUUUAUUACAGUGUGAAUGAUAAACAGCAACUACAUAAACCUGUUGUAGUCAGUAGAUUUAUGCCUUCUAGUACACAUAAUUUUUCCUUGUAUUGAAACAUUACCAAGGCUUCUUAGCAGUACAAAGUAAGAUAUAGCUUUCCAAAACCACAUGAUGUGUUUGAAAUUCAUAUUAUAUUAUCAAAAUAUGUUUUGGAUGAAACAUCAUCUAUCUUCAGUUUACAAGAAUUCCAAUGGAAAAUGAGCAAUAAAUAGCUUAAAAGUGUGUGGUGAAGAUAAGAAUAAUUAAGGAUUAAGGCGCAAAACAGAAAAAGGUGAAAAUAUAACACUAAAACAACACAAACUAAUUUGAACGCUAUAUUAUAACAUAAUAACUUAUAAUCAAAUGUAAAUUCUCCAUAUUAGAGUGUAAUUCUGUAGCCAGUGUGCAGACUUCUCUAAGGAGAAUUUGCAAGCUGGCAUUAAAUCUUCGUUUUUAGAAAUGGCCAACACAGAUAGGGAACGAUUUGCCUUCCUCCCGGUGAGCCGGAAAUUUGAAUAAACUUGACGCUAUACGGGCA